GAUUCUAACAGUUCAAUCUUUUAUUAAUUUUUUAAGGUUUUGAUUUUUUUAUUUAUAUGGUUGUAUUGCGGCACUGCUUUUCUAAAGAUUCUAAGCCUCGGAUGUCUCGUUCCUUCUCUGAUUGCAGACACUGUUUCUGAAUUUGUUUGAAUUAUUUAUAAUGGGUUUCAGUUUUGGAAGUGCCUGCAUUGUGGCAUUCAUGGUGUCUUUCUCUCUCUAGAGGGGGUUCUUCAGUGUUUCAGUGACCUAAGACUGGAAUUUGUGGCCUCUCUGACCUUUAGUGUGGGUUCCUCAGUGGGUUUUUGACCCAGAUCCAGAGCUUGUCUCUAUUGGGAGUUUCUCAGUGUUUCAGUGACUGAAACCCAGAUUUUAUUCUCUCUUAAACAGUGCUUUAGAUUUCCUUGAAGUGGGUUUUAGAACCAGAUCUUGAAAUUCCCGCCAUUAAGUGGUUCUGAAACAAAGGAGAGAGAGAGAGAACCAGAUCUUGAAAUUCCUGCCAUUAAGUGGUUCUGAAACAAAGGAGAGAGAGAGACAGAGAGAGAGAGAGGUGGAGGGUAACUGUUCCCCAAAGAAGAGAGAAACUAGUUGCCCAAGUUCGACAGAGAGAGCAAAGGAAGCACUUUUGGAAGAUCUGCCAUGGAUUUCAGUUCAUUCAUCACCUCUCUCUUGACUUCUUUCCUUAUUUUUGUGGUUUUGAUACUGAUUUUCACAUGGCUCUCAAGGAAACCUGCAAAUGAUGUGAUAUAUUACCCCAAUAGAAUCUUGAAGGGUUUGGAUCCAAUGAAUGGACAUAGAACCAGGAACCCUUUUUCAUGGAUCAAGGAAGCUAUCAGUUCUUCAGAAGAGAAUAUAAUAGACAUGGCUGGUGUUGACACUGCUGUGUAUUUUGUCUUCUUGAGAACAGUGUUGGGAAUACUGGUAAUAUCCGGGAUCUUGCUCCUACCGAUUCUUCUUCCAGUUGCUGUUACUGAUAUAAACACCACCUUGACCAAAGAGACUAAUAGCAAUGGAACCUUCAAUAACCUCGACAAGCUGGCAAUCGGAAAUGUACAAAAUAAGAGUCCAAGGUUAUGGGCAUUCCUGCUAGCAACUUACUGGGUUUCUUUCAUCACUUUUUUUAUGUUAUGGAAAGCUUACAAGCAUGUCUUAGAGCUCAGAUCCUCUGCCCAAUCUCGCUCAGAUGUUGCUAGGCCAGAGCAAUUCACAGUUCUUGUGAGAGAUAUUCCUCCCGUUCCUCAUGGCCAAAGCAGAAAAGAACAGGUCGAUGCUUAUUUCAAAAGAUUACAUCCUGAAACAUUUCACAAAUCCCUAGUCAUCACUGAUAAUAAAGAGGUCAAUAAGAAAUUUCAGAAGUUGGAAGGUUACAGAAAGAAACUUGCUCAUGCAGAGGCUGUAUAUGCUGAGUCCAAAACAGCUUCAAAUCCAGAAGGGACCCGUCCCUCAUGUAAAACUGGAUUUCUCGGGCUUAUCGGUUCCAAGGUUGACACCAUUAAUUUUUGCAAUGAAAACAUCAAGGAAUUGGUUUCUGAGUUAGAGAGAGAACAAAAUGGCACCAUUAAAGAUAAGCAACAAGCUGCUGCUUUGAUAGUCUUUUGUAGCAGGCCAGCUGCUACUUUAGCCUCACAAACUGUUCACUCGCCAACUGUUGAUUCUUGGACGGUUAUGCCUGCUCCUGAGCCCCGACAAUUGUUAUGGAGUAAUUUGCCAAUUCCAUUUUAUCAGAGGCAAAUUAGACAGUAUAUUGUCUAUGGUAUUGUGUUUCUCACUGUUUGCUUUUAUACAAUCCCCGUUGGGUUUUUCUCGGCAUUCACUACUCUGGAGAAUUUGAGUAAGUAUCUGCCAUUUUUGAAGGCAAUUGUUGACCUUGUUGAGAUCAAAACAGUUUUGGAAGCUUUUCUACCACAAUUAGCAUUGCUUGUUUUCAUGGCUUUGCUCCCCAUGUUUCUAAUGAUGCUUUCAAAGGCGGAGGGAAUACCAUCAGAAAGCCAUGCUGUGAGGGCAGCUUCUGGGAAAUACUUUUAUUUCACAAUCUUUACUGUGUUUAUUGGGUUCACACUGGGUGGCUCAUUGUUUGAUAAUUUGAAAAAUGUUGGGAAGCAUCCUGACCAAAUUGUCACCAUGCUUGGGGACUCAGUGCCAAAAGUUGCUAUGUAUUUCAUCACGUUUGUCGCAUUAAAGUUUUUUGUUGGCUAUGGCCUCGAGCUGUCCCGUUUGGUUCCUCUGAUAAUAUACCAUCUUAAAAGGAAGUACCUUUGCAAAACUGAAGAGGAACUAAAGGAAGCUUGGGCUCCAGGAUCAAUGGGCUAUGCUACAAGAGUUCCUAAUGACAUGCUCAUCGUAACUCUUUCACUCUGCUACUCUGUCAUUUCUCCCCUUAUCAUCCCAUUUGGUGUGCUAUACUUUGGUUUUGGAUGGCUCGUGCUUCGUAACCAGGCAUUAAAAGUUUUUGUUCCUUCUUAUGAGAGCUAUGGUCGAAUGUGGCCUCACAUGCAUACUCGGAUUGUUGCUGCUUUGUUUGUCUUCCAACUGACAAUGAUCGGCUACUUUGGAACAAAAGCGUUCGUCUAUACCCCCUUAUUGAUCCCACUUCCUUUUCUUAGUGUAAUUUUUGCUUUUGUUUGUCAAAAGCGAUUUUACCAAUCUUUUGCUGUGAAUCCCCUUGAAGUUGCUUGCCAGAGCCUUAAGGAGGCCCCUAAUCUUGACUCCAUAGCGGAAGCUUAUGUCCCACCUUGCUUGAGUUCAGUGAAGCAUGAUGGAACUGAACCGGUUUGAAGAUAUAGGUCUCUUGUGCUCUGGGAAGAUGAUUUUAUGGUGUAAAUAUCAUCUCCACUUCUCUUUGUUGAUUGUAACUGGUGCCACUGCUGAAACUUCUAUUAUUGAUUUUCUUCUUUGUGGAUAUUUACUGCGUGAUGUGAUCUCAUGUAUGAACUUUCUGUUUUACGUUUUUCUGGAGUAAAUGGUUAACUGAUGGUGUUGUGUUUUUA